AUGAAGGACGUAAAUGAUAAUCCCAGAGGACCAUCUGUCCUGGAGCAGGCAUUGGAACCAAGUUACUAUGUGAGUGAAAGGACUGAAUGCAAGUCAGAUGGUUGUUCCCGUCCAGCUGUUAUGGAGUCAGUGGAUGAAGCUGAAGGACGGCAAGAAGAGCUGAACAGGAAGGAGCAGUCCCUGAAAGCCUCCCAGAAAACAGCAGUGCUCGGUUGGCCUCCCCGGUGGAAUGGAUUAAUGCCCGGAGACAGCAUGUAUCUGUUUGUCCUCUCACAGAUACUGCUUCUGUGCAUGAUGCUGUGGUACAGCACUUAUGGGACCAUCCCAGCAGGUCAGAAUGCCUUCGACCUGCUCUCCUGCUUGCUUACGCCAUUCAAACAGGUUUUUUCAGAUCAAGGGGAGAGCCUGACUACAGUUGGGAGCGUUGUGGUGUCAUACAUCCUGCUGUCUUUGGCUUCUCUAGGACUGCUAUUUGUAGGAUCUCUGUUCUGGCACCUCCUCAGAGCCCGACCAGACCCCCCCUUUCCACUGCAAGAGGACAGACGCCAGUCUGUGAGCCGGCAGCCUUCCUUCACGUACUCAGAGUGGACGGAGGAUAAAAAUGAGGAUGACUUCCUAGAUUUGGAUCCUGUACCAGAGACUCCAGUCUUUGACUGCGUAAUGGACAUAAAAGCGGAGACAGACCCAACUACUCUGACGGUUAAAUCGGUGGGCUUGCAAGAAAGGAGAGGUUCAAAUGUUUCACUCACACUGGAUAUGUGCACCCCAGGCUGCUCUGAGCAAGGCUUUGGCUAUGUCAUGUCCCCACGGGAACAGUCAGCCCGAGAAUAUCUCCAGACAGCAUCGAACAUCCUGACUGAAGAGGAGUUGCACAAGAAAGCACUGGAUCCUUUCAUACUCCAGGCAGAGUUCUUUGAAAUUCCAAUGAACUUUGUGGAUCCAAAGGAGUAUGAUAUUCCAGGCUUAGUCCGUAAGAAUCGCUACAAAACAAUUCUCCCAAAUCCUCACAGCAGAGUGUGCCUUACCUCAGCUGAUCAGGACGACCCCCUCAGCUCUUACAUUAAUGCUAACUACAUCAGGGGCUAUGGAGGAGAGGAAAAGGUAUAUAUUGCUACUCAGGGACCGAUAGUCAAUACUGUCACUGACUUCUGGAGAAUGGUGUGGCAGGAACGUUCUCCCAUCAUUGUCAUGAUUACCAAUAUAGAAGAGAUGAAUGAGAAAUGCACAGAAUAUUGGCCAGAGGAGCAGGUCACCUAUGAAGGAAUAGAAAUCACAGUUAACAGAGUCAUACAAGCAGACGAUUACCGUUUAAGGCUCAUCACCCUAAAGAAAGGAGAAGAAGUCAGAAACCUGAAACAUUACUGGUAUACGUCUUGGCCAGACCAGAAGACACCAGACCAGGCCCCUCCUCUGUUACAGCUAGUACUGGAAGUGGAAGAGGCCAUGCAGAGUGCAGAGGAGAAGAAUGCCCCAGUGAUUGUUCACUGCAGUGCAGGCAUUGGGAGGACUGGCUGUUUUAUUGCCACAAGUGUCUGCUGUAAACAGCUGAAGAACGAGGGCAUAGUUGACAUUUUGCGAACAGCCUGCCAGUUACGGUUAGACAGAGGAGGAAUGAUCCAGACUUGUGAACAGUAUCAAUUUGUGCAUCAUGUCAUGAGCUUGUACGGGAAGCAGCUUUCUAGAGCAGCAGAAGAAUAA